UUUUAACAAAUAUUUUAAUUAAAAUCUGCAAAUUUUAGUUCUUGUUGGUAAAAUUUUAAGUUUUUUGUGUAAAAAAAUGCUUACCGACUUACAGGAAUUAUGGCCAACAUGUAGAAAAAGCGCCUUACCGAAAUCCAAUGAAUUGCAGUCAAUAAAUGUUGGAAAAACCUGUGAUAAAUUACGUUUAGCCAUUACACAAGCUUCUAAUGACCUACAACGUACACAAGAUAUUUCACACAGGCGUUCCGGCGAGGAGCUUUCUUUUCGUUCCAUAUCGCGUCUCUGUUAUACAACUUUGCGGAUCCAUGAGCUACAAGUUGACGACUUAUUGAAUAAAUCAAAAGAACUAGUAACUCAGAGUAAAAACUGGUGCACAGUGCAAGCCAAAAAGCGAAGUCUACCGACGCACUACUCCACUUACAACGCAAAGAGGAAGCGUCGGGCAACUGUGGAACAUUCCUUCCAAGAUUUCACAAUUACAAAUUUCACAGAAUUGCUGGAUGAGAUAGCAAAAUUUGUAGAAUGGGGCAAAACCACAGAGAUUGUGAAUAAAAAGGUAUCUAAAACUAAAAGCCACAGCAGGACAACUUGCAUUCAUAUUCGUGAGAUUACCAUAAAUGAGUUUGAAUCGCAUAAUGAACAGUAUUCUUACGAUGAAGAUGAUGGCUUUGGCAAUACCACGGAUGACGGAUUAGCCACGAUUAUACAAUUGCUUGGAGAUGAACCUACAAAGGCUCCUAAAAGAAAGGCUGCAGAUGCGCUUGCCGUUUGUGAGAAAAAACCAAGGAAUAAUGAUGCACCUCAAGAAGGUAUUGAAAUACCCGAAAUCGAAACCGCACGUAGCGCUGUUGUAGAACACGAAACUAGCAGCCUAUUCAUACCAGCUCAAACAAAUGUUAAUGAUAGUAAUGUUAAUGAAUUAAGUCCUGUGCGUACAGAACUAUGUGUUAUGCCCGCAACCGAUUGCAGUGUUUUCUUUGAAAAUAACGAUAAUUAUGUUGAGGUACCUGAAAGUGCUAACUUGGAUAAUAUAACCUCUAUUCCUAAUGAGACGACCAAAGUAUGCAAUUAUCACAAGGAAAGCAUUACUCCCAACGAACCUCUGAAGAAAUUAAAAUCUAAGCAAAGUAAAACCAUUAUCGAUGCCUGUACGGCUUUAACACAAUCCGAAAUGCGUGCGCAAAUACAAACACAAAUUAACAUUAAAGCCAAAUUAAGGAAAAUAAGAGCUAAAGUCAAGUGUAAUAAUGGACGGAGUUUUAACGGUAGAAAACACUACGAAAAAUUGUUGCCUUCCGCCAAGGACUUAUUAACUACACUUCAAUAUAAUUGUUUCGCAUACAGGAAGUUAAAACUAAAGAACAAAACGAGACGUUCUAAUUUGGAAGUUACUUCAGCGGGUGUUACAUAUCGCAAUUUGCUACGGGAUAUUUUAAAUUGUGAAAUUACUGAUAAUUUGGCUACGCAAGUUUACACAAAAUGGAACCACACUGAAAAGCGUAAUCUACGAACUAUGAAUAAUUUAACAAAUUACAGGCCGUUAGAAAAUGCUGAGAUGCUACAACAGGACACUCGCUACAAUGAAAGCUCACUAUUGCCACAAAGUACAAUGGAAGUUGAUGUUUUCAAUAAUAAUAAUAAUAAUUUGCAGUAUCCUAAUGGAAAUUGUUCACCGUCGUACGAGCAGGAUGAGUGGGGAGCUUACGAUGUUAUGAUAAAGUUAUUAAAUAUGUGGCGCUCCCAAAUAGUGUUGGAUGACGAAAUCUCUGUGAAACUGCUUUUUCCACAAAUUGCAAUGAGUCGAAAAGCAGCUGCCAAGGCUUUCGGUGCAUUAUUGAGGCUUGCCGCAAAUGGUUUUAUUAUGUUAUUUACAGCAGAGCAUACAAAACAUUUGCGAUGUAUCAAAUUAGGCGCAGCUUCAAAUAAACUCAUAGAGGGAAUCGAACUGAAUAAUGAAAUUGUUUCCAGGCGUUCGAACAACGUAUUGCGCAUAAUUGCAGGUUAAGUAUUAAAAUUCACAUUGUUGUUAUAU